AUGUAUUCAUCAUAUACAACCCUACCAUUGAUGGACACUGCUGGAAACGAUGAUUUGUUCGCCAAUAAAGCCUUUGAUUACGAUUAUGAAGAUUCCUCAUCGGGCUAUGAAUCUUCAGAUAUGGAGUCAGUCAGUUCUUGGGGGUCACGUGACAGCCUUGACAGCAGAUUACAGGACAGUCAUAAUAACUUCUUACCAAUGAACAAAGAUGAAGAAAUCAUGAACUUUAGAAGCACACAUUCGCUCUCAGAACACCUGAAACUAAUUUUAGCAAUGCCCGAGAUAGUUAUGUAUCAACUGAUUUUAAAACAUAUGUCUAUGGAAGCUGCUGACAAAAAAAGAAACGCCAAAAGUAACAAGAAGUCAAAGAAAGGCACGUGCAAGGCUGUUGGAAGGGGUCGGUCAUUAUCUCAAAGACUUGUUAUCCCUGUCAAGAAAUACGAUUCUGAGGUGUUCCGAAUGUUGGUCCAAUUUAUUCACUGUGGAAUUGUGAAUAUCACCGAGGAAACAGUUGCUGGUUUAUUUUGUGCUGCCUCCCAUUUUGAGCUACCAGAUUUGAGCAAAGCAUGUUUAGAUUUUAUUGAGAGAUGUAUGAAGGUCGGUAGAGCUGAGAAACUGCUCUUUUCUACAAGAUGUUACAGUCAACAUAAAGCUUCAAAAACAUUAUUUGAUAGGAUUUAUUCAGUGGUGGACAAACGAUGUAUCGGCAAACUUGAAGAAACUCCAGUUUAA